GUUUGGGAAAAUAAACCAGUGGAAGAUUAAAACGGACUUUGGUUUCAAUUUCAAAUCUGUAGUUUUAGAAAAAAGCCUUCAUGCAAGGUUGGAAAAAAGUGCACCGUAGUAAAUCUAGUGAAAAUGGUUUCGUUAAUAGUUUUCUCAAUGCUGAUAUUGUGUGUAGUGGCAAAACCUCAAAACCAAUUCGGUGCCAGAAAUGUGAAUCAAAAUGUGCCCUUUAGUCGUAAUCUUCAAGCCCCCUCAUCCCAAAGUCAUCACCAGCAGCAACAAUUUGGACAGGAUCAAAACCAAGUGCAACAGUAUCAACAACAUCAUCAGCAACACCAUCAACAAAAUCAACACCAACAACAGCAACAGCAUCAUCAUCAGCACCAUCAGCAGAGAUUUGGUCAACCCUUCCAGAGAUCACAAGCCCUGAGGGUGCCUCCGAUAUCGACGAUAGUUCCUCCCCCUCAGCCCUUUCAGCAGCAGCAAUCACAGUACAGUCCAACAGUACAACCAACAACAAGGUUAUCUCAACCCAUCGCGACCCUUCGUGCCCAUCACAUCGUACAAUAACGAUGUAUCUUACGAUGGUAGCUAUGCUUAUAGUUACACUACUGGAGAUGGACAACAACAACAGGCUCAAGGAUAUCUGAAGAAUCCCGGCUUAAAGGACCUGGAAGCACAAGCCGUCCAGGGAUCUUACUCGUACACA